CAUCACGGCCGACUUCACUUCCCCUCUUCUGUGCUCUGACAAGCCUCACCCUCGAGAUUGUCAACUUUCCUGCUCCCGUCGACAGCCGGCGCGAGUCACUACCCACCAAGCGUCGAACUCUCUUCCUGCGCCGCGCGCGUCACCAGUUGCGACAUACCGCACUCGCGCGCAUCCAGUGCCUCACGACCCUCGCGAAGCUACUCUGCGCCCCGCCUGACGAGGCCUAGCCCAGCACAAUGACAGGCGGCAGGUCAAAGAAGGGCGUCCGCUUCCAACACCGAAAUGGCCAAGCGGAUGGCCGGCGAUCGAGCUUCAGCGACGUCAGCGAGGAGGGCUCUGGCUCCCCGUCGCGCAGUCGCAAGGAAGCGCUCGAAUCCGUAGACGAGAAACCCCCACCAUCGGAGGAAGAACAGAAAGCGGCCGAGACCGCAAAGAAAAAGGCCAACUUUUGGACGCGUACACUAUGGACCUUUAUCAUGAUCGCCAUCUUCUUCGGUGCGCUGUUCAUGGGCCACAUCUACAUCAUCCUCAUCAUCACCGCCGUCCAGAUCAUCUCGUUCAAAGAAGUCAUCGCCAUUGCCAACGUGCCCAGCCGAGCGCGCUCCUUGCGUUCGACCAAGUCUCUGAACUGGUACUGGCUCGCGACGACAAUGUACUUCCUCUACGGCGAGACCGUGCUCUACUACUUCAAGCACAUCCUGCUCGUGGAUAAGGUGCUCGCCCCUCUGGCGACCCACCAUCGCUUCAUCAGCUUUGCGCUCUACGUCUUUGGCUUCGUCUUCUUUGUCGCCUCGCUGCAGGCUGGCCACUACAAGUUCCAGUUCACCAACUUUGCCUGGACGCACAUGGCGCUGUACCUCAUCGUGUUUCAGGCCCAUUUUGUCAUGAACAACAUCUUUGACGGCAUGAUCUGGUUCUUCCUGCCUGCUGCGCUCGUCAUCACCAACGACAUUUUCGCCUACAUCUGCGGCAUGAUGUUUGGCCGCACGCAGCUCAUCAAGCUCUCGCCCAAGAAGACUGUGGAGGGCUUUGUCGGCGCAUGGAUCAUGACAAUCAUCUGGGCCAUGAUCCUGGUCAACAUCAUGAGCCGCUCCAAAUAUUUCAUUUGCCCUGUCAACGACCUCGGCGCCAACAUUUUCACCGGUCUCGAAUGCGACGUUAACCCCGUCUUCAUCCCCCACACAUACACGCUGCCUGACUACUACUUCCUACCCAAGGCCACCACCUACUCCAUCACGUUCAUGCCCAUGCAGCUCCAUGCCUUGGCCCUGGCCACAUUCGCCUCCCUCAUCGCACCAUUCGGCGGUUUCUUUGCCUCUGGGCUCAAGCGCACGUUCAAGAUCAAGGACUUUGGCGAUUCCAUCCCUGGGCACGGCGGCAUGACCGAUCGCAUGGACUGCCAGUUCAUCAUGGGCCUCUUUGCGUACCUGUACUUUCACUCGUUCAUUGCCGAGGACACAGCCACAUUGGCUGGCGCCAUGGACCUCUUCCACCACCUGACCCUCGACGACCAGGUGGCCUUCCUCCCUUGGGUGUUUAGGUACUUUGUCAACAAGUUUGGCUCGAUCCAGGAGCUGAGCGAGUACCUGGUGAAACACAGCUCACAGGAUGUCCUGAUAGAGGUAUGUCACAUUAGAAUCCAGCCAUUUGGAUAUCGCUAACAGUUUCAAGCUGCGCCAAGCCAUUGGGCAGAUCAGCGGAGCUAUCGACAGGGCUAUCGUAGCUGCCUCAUGAAUAUAGAGAUCUUGCAUACCCUCACGAUCAGACGCAUUCUUAAUGUACUAAUUAUCUUUAUCGGUUGCUUCCCAGGGGGGAAAAGCGCAUUCGUUCGAGGCAAGGCCAUUUGCCGCGUGGAGCUAGCUAGGGUCUACGAGAACUACAUAGGGAGCUUAUCUAAAGUGCUCACUUCAACUCACAUCCUGUUCCACGCAUUGUGCCUCAAUGAUCACCCAUCCCUUAUUUUUUCACGUGAAGACCCUGUGUGUUAAUUUUCGUGAGCACGCUAACUGGGUGCCACAGUAAUGGGCCGCGGCAGGGAUUGCCAAUGCAGUCCCUACUUUUGUGGUAGGUCACGAUAAGCUUCAAAGAUAACCUGGGAGGACAAUUAUCAAUCUAGUGGCAAAGAG